AUGCAUGACGAGCCCACACACCCGGACCCAAGUCUCCCCGCUUACGUCACCAGCUCCUCGGGCUUCGCCGCACACCCGUCCACCAUAACGACCCAGAAUCGGGCACUGUUGAAACAGAUCCAGCGACAACGGGAGGAAGCGGAGGGGAAGGUGAGGGAGUGGGAGCAGGGGAUUAAGGAGGUGGAGUUGAGGGAGAAGAGGAGGAGGGCGCCGGGUUGGUUGGAUAGUGAGCAGCAUUUGCUUCAGCCGGAGAAGAAGGUGGAGGGGAGUGGAGAUGGUGGUGGUGUUGGUGGGGUUGGGAAUUUGAUGGACGAUGGCGUGGCUGGGGAGAAGGGUGAUGGGUUGGAGGCGGGGAGGGGCGGUGGUGGUGAUAUGGUGGGAAGGGAUGAUGAGGGUGCGGAGAUGGAUAGGGUGUUUGGGAGAAGUGAGAUGGGAUAG